AUGGCAGCGACGGCCUCGGCGUCGGCUGCUUUCCCCCCCGUGGCCACGGGCGGCGAUCUCGAGGACAGCAACAUCUCCAGCCCGCUCAGCGAGGUCGACGACAAAGAUGCCAACGACGAAGAAAUUGAGCACAUGCAUCUGGACAGAGACAACCGGAGCGUCGGUCCUGAAGACGCCCGUGCCACCGACCACGGCGGAUCAGACUCUGACAGCGCCCUUUCCGACGCAGCGUCCGACGUUAACUCUGAGGCCAACGACACCGAAGCCGAAACCCUGAGACUCUACGACACCCCGCAGAUACAGAGACACCGUGAUGUCGGAAUUGGGCACUUCAAUGACGGAGAGGUCUUUGAGCACACUCCGAGCAAGCUCCGCCGGGCGCUAGCCAACGGCGGCGAUGACUCUGCCUCAGGCGACGACAGCCGCAUCGACGAGGACGACGAUGAAGACGAAGACGAAGACGACAUUGGUGACAACGAAUCGCCGACAAAGCCCAUGCCGACGGCUUUGAAGGUGGAUGAAGGUGCCCGGAGCGAUUCGCAAGAGAGGAAGCGGAAGCGAUCUGCCGUCGCCGAACACCCGUUAGACCUAGAACAGCCGGCGAGGAAACGCACCGGAUCAAUCUCCGCUGCCAACGGAGAUGGCGACGAUCCUCCCGCAGCUGCUGAAGAUGACGCGACACCGGCUGCGAUCCCGGCAAGCGGACGCGGCUCCCCCGGGGACGACGAUGAGGCGUCUGCCACGGCCCAAGACACACCGGCAGAGGAUGAGCUUCCAGAAGUGACAAGGAAGACGAAACGCACCGGUUCUAAGCGGAAGACGGUCGUCUCGGAUGAUGCCGACAGCGAAGCUCGAGCUGAAGUUCGUGACGAGCAGCAAGACCCCACAAUGGAGGAAGAGGCCGAGGCCGAUCACCCCGAGGAAGACGAGGCAGAGCCCGAAGCUGACGAAGAGACUGACGCUGCGGCGAGAAAUCUUGAAGAACAGGAAAUGUUCGGCAUCUUCAGAGACAGGCUUUACAAGGAUAGGCUACAGAGGCUCGAAGAAGAGGAGCAGUCGCUUCAUGCCCCAGAGCCUACACAUCCUGAAUACCUCAACAUGAAGCAGUGCCUUGAUGACCGACUCGAACAGAAGCUGCAGGCUAUCAAUACUGAGCACGAAUACCGACUCAAGGCCCUUGAGCGGCGCGCAGUAGCACAGAAGGCCCAAAUCUGGGGCCAAUACUUUCAGGCCAUCCGAGAGAAGCGAGAGCAUGCUCUGGAGGCUCUCAACAGGCAAUGGUACGAUGUGCAGAGUGCUCGGCGGAGUGCGCACAGUUUGGCAGACUACGGCCUGUUGUUCCCAAAGGAUCCCUCGCAGCGUGUCAGGAACGCCAUUGCCUACAACACAGAGGUGUCGACUCUCGCAGGCCUCGCCAAGUACGAAGGCUUCCCAGCCGGACCGGAGCUGCAAGGAGCAUCCGCAUCAGAGCUGGAAGCUGACUUGGCCAUGAUGGAACAAACCCGGCGUGUGCGGCACAAGCCCUCGAUAAGUCAGAUCCGUGAGGAAUAUCAACCACCACACCUGACUCGUCUUGACCCAGCGGGAGAGCAAUUUGUCAAGAACACGCCUUGGGCAAACCCGAAUCACUCCUCUCAUAAAUUCUACCAGCACCAUCCAGCUUCGGCGGAAGCUCGCCCUGAGCCUGCCAUCCCCGUCCCUGCUGGUCGGACGCCACAAAAUGCGCUUUCCGCCUCGAACGAUCUCAAGGUAGCUCUCGAUGGCCCGGGAGCAGUUCGAUCGCCUGCUCUCUCCGCACGAUUAUCCGAAUCGCCCGAAAUAACGCGGAACAUCCUGAACCCAGCAUCUCACCAAAUGAAGCAAAUGGGCGGCAUCUCGGGACUUGGUCGCGGGUCAAAAACGGCAGCGGCUUAG